CAUCACAAAUUUGAAUGCAAAAAUUACACACCUCCCCAAAAUAGAAACAUAUCACCAUGAUUCUUAAUAUGGUGUCAUAUUAUCCAUUUUAGAUAACAUAUUUUUCGAAACUUACAUUUUAGAGUAUGGCUACACCCUUUUAUUAUACUUAGCUUCUUUUUCUUAUCAACUAAUUCUAACAUGAGACUUUUGUUCGCGCACUCAAAACUCUGUAGCGCAUGGCCUAUCACCAAGAUUUAUUGGUUUACACUAUCCUCAUAUCCUUACUCGUCCUGCUGAAUCAUCUGGCUUUGAUACUAGUUGAGUUGAACCAGCGCAAAGAUCCUUUUGACAUGUUAUGAUAAAACCUUUUGGUGCAGGCAAUAACUAUUAGCGCAAAUGGAUGGGCUAAUGCAGGGCAUGCUGUAAAUCAUGUGUAUGAUAUGCUUUACAUGAUGGGGCGUGACGAUAUUGCUGUUGGCGUGGGAGGUGAAGGUGGGAUACUUCCCAAUGGUACCAUUAUGCCUGAUGUUGGUGGAUAUCUCCCUAUAAUUGAUCAGGGAGAUGGUACUGAUGGAUAUUGUAGAUAUAGACAAGCUGUACCUGUUGGUCUUGGAGGUCGCUUGAAUAUCGACUCAAAUUAUGGAUUCCGAAAGAUCUUCCUUCCACAGGGCAAGAGACGAUAUUCUCCUCUUCGACAGCCAACUGCUCAGCAAGUAAUGAUUAACACAAUUUCUUCAGGGCCAACAGUAGUUUUUCUCACAGGAUCACAUACAAACUUUGCACUAUUUCUGCUAAGCAAUCCACAUUUAAAGAAAAAUGUUGAGCAUAUUUACAUUAUGGGAGGUGGUAUAGGGUGCUGCACAAAAAACUCGACUUCUUCAUGCCAACCUGGACAGUGUGGCAAUUUAUUCACAGAUUACACAAGCAAUCCUUAUGCAGAAUUCAAUAUGUUUAUGGAUCCUUUUGCUGCUUAUCAGGUGAUUCAUUCUGGUAUUCCAGUUACUCUUGUCCCAUUGGAUGCCACAAACACCAUUCCCAUUACCAAAGUGUUUUUCGAGACCUUUGAAAAGAAUCAGCAUACCUACGAGGCACAGUACUGUUUCAAGUCCCUGAAAAUUGUUCGUGAUACUUGGUUCGGUGACCAAUUCUAUACGAGUUUCUUUAUGUGGGACUCAUUUAUGUCUGGAAUAGCAGCUUCAAUCAUGAGGAAACAACAAAACUACCAAGGAGAAAAUGAAUUUGCAGAAAUGAAGUAUAUCAAUAUUACUGUUGUUACUUCAAAUAUGCCAUAUGGGAUAUCCGAUGGAUCAAAUCCAUUUUUUGAUGGACGUAAAAUUCCCAAGUUCAACUUGGAAAGAAAUGGAGUUCACAGUGGUCAUGUUCAGACGAGACUUCGUGAUCCAUUUUGUGUAGUCAAGAAUGGGAAGGGCAAAUGCCAGGAUGGUUAUACAAAAGAAGUUGUUGGGCCAAGUGGAGUGCCUGUUCGUGUUGCUGUAAGAGCAAAACCUAAUCAAAAUCCUAAAAGUGCACUAGACAGAGAGUUUUUCGUUAGCUUCCUAGAUGUUUUAAACCGAAGAGAAAAUUCAGGAUUGUUCAAUUUUUCUACACAAUUUCCCCAUUACAAAGGAGAACUCCGCAAACCAGAUUUCAGGGGCAAGCAUCUCGGGAAGAAUGUUGUGUUUGAUAUGGAUAUGAGUGCUGGAGAUUUUAUAGCUCUCGUAUAUCUCCUUAAGUUACCAGUUGAAGAAAUCAAUCUCAAGGCUAUAAUUGUGAGUCCAAAUGGCUGGGCAAAUGCUGCAACAAUUGAUUCAGUCUAUGAUUUGCUUCAUAUAAUGGGUCGUGAUGACAUCCCCGUGGGUCUUGGAGAUAUGUUUGCAAUGAACCAGUCUGAUCCUGUUUUCUCUGCAGUUGGUGACUGCAAGUACAACAAGGUUAUCCCACAAGGCAGCGGUGGAUUUAUCGACUCAGAUACUCUCUAUGGUUUAUCUCGUUCUUUGCCUCGUAGUCCUCGCAGAUAUACAAUGGAAAAUUUUGUAAAAUUUGGAGCUCCUUGGGACACUGAUCAUCCUAAACUCGGACAACCUCUGGCACUAGAAGUAUGGGAGUCGGUGGUGAAAUCGCUUGAUCCAGGAUCCAAGGUUACCAUUUUAACCAACGGCCCAUUGACCAACAUAGCAAAGAUUGUUCUCGCUGGCAAAAAUAUGACCAACGCCAUCCAGGCAAGUGUUCCUUCUAUCCUUAUCAUCUUACGAGAGAUAAUCAACAUUCGUAAGUGAAAAAACUCUUUUCUGUUGAAUUAUGAUGCAGGA